AUGACACGUGAUGAGAAUAUCAAGAAUUUUUAUGAUAUUUCUCGUCAUGUUGAGCUAGAAUCGGAGCGCCAAGAGGCAACCAAUGCUACUGCCCUUUUCGCCCAGGGUGGCAUGUAUAAGGAGGAUAGGGCAAACAAGCUUGCACCAAAGGAUGACAACAAAACCAAGCGCCAUAGGGUCAAGCGUGGUGGGAAGAAAGACUUGUCCAAAGUCAAAUGCUAUAACUGUGAUAAGAAGGGUCACUUCUCUUGUGAUUGUACUGAGCCGAAGAAGGGCACCUCUGGUGAGUUCAUGGGCGAUGGAAGCUGUAUAUAA